CGGAGAUGCGCUAGAGGCUGAUUGAUAGGGACUAUCUGCGCUAAGGCCCCGCAAUACGGUAAUCAUUUCUACCGGGAUAAGCAACUGAUUAGAAACCUCUAAAAUUCAUAACGCGUAACUAAGAAAGUAAAAAGAUAAUUUACUUGUGAGUUACCAAAUUAGUCGUCGAUAGUGCGCCGUCACACUUGACAACUGAUAACCCUUCACGAUGUGCAAGCACGUCUUAAAUGCUCAAGUUGCGAUCCGCUCGCCAUGCUGUAAAAAAUGGUUUGACUGCGCAGAUUGCCACCACGAGCAGGAGUCGCACCCGCUGCUGCAGAGCUUGGAAAUGACGUUCGCCUGCAAGAAGUGCAAGAAGUGCUUUCGGAAGGACGCCCAGGAGUUCGAGGAGGCCGACGAGUACUGCCCCCACUGCGAUAACCACUUCGUCAUCGAUGCCGUCGUGCCGAAGCCCGCUUUGACGGUCGAAGGCGAGGACGCGCGGAUGGAUAACCGUAUGCUCAAGGACGAACGAGUGAAAGGAAGUCAGAACAGGACUAUCUUCGACAUUCAAAGCGACGCGGAUAAGCUCGGUUGAAGAAGGGGACCCGGGUUAUAAUAGAAAAUUACGACGAGCGAUGCAUUUACAUGAUACCACACAUUUAGACUUUUAGGACAACAGAAUGGCACCGAGAGACGAAAGGACGAUGCAUGCUUCUGGGCGGUUGGU